AUGGAUAUCUCCAAGGGCUUGUGGCCCGACCACACCUACAAGGAGAAGGACUGGAACCCCAUCACGCUCGAGGAAGCCUUAGAGAACCCGGGGUUCGCAAGCAAGACCUUCGCUGAGAAGGCCGUCUGGAGUUUUGUAGAGAACGAGUCUCCAGGCUUCACCCUAUCGACCAUCAACCCUCCGCUCGUGUUUGGCCCGGCCGUGCAGGAGCUGGCUUCGUUUGACGCGCUCAACACCUCGAAUCAGUUUAUCAGAAGCUUCAUCCUUGGUUCCGCGAAGAAAGAGAUUGCUCCUACAACGAACCCCAUUUUCGCAGACGUUCGCGACGUAGCUUUCGCUCACGUCAUGGCCGUGGAGAAGGAACAGGCAGCAAACCAGCGCUUCUUCAUCACCGGCGGCUACUGUUCCAACCGCCAGAUCAUCGACAUCAUCCGCAAGAACUUCCCGGAGUACAAGUCUGCACUCCCUUCUAAGUGCACCAAGGGUGGCGGUUAG